AAGGCAACCUCUCCCGAUGACAGGAACGGGAGCGAGAACGACUAUGCUUCCCGUUUUAUGUACCCUUUUGUGCCUCGGGCCGGCCCUUGGCCUCUAUGAAGACCAGAUAGGAAAAUUUGAUUGGGUCCAGCAGUAUGUUGGCGUGGUAGAAAAUGCCGUCUUUGAGUCGAGUGUUCCUGCCCGAAGAAUUAUUGUCUCAACUCAACAGAAUGUUCUUGCUGCUUUAUCAUUAAAAAAUGGUGAAAUAGCAUGGCGGCAUGUGAUGGAGAGCUUUGACUAUGGCAGAGUGGAUUUCCUGGCCAGUGAGGGAACACAGGUUACCACAGUGUCAGGGAACCUCUUACGCACCUGGGACUCUGUCACUGCAGCUCUCAUUGAAGAAAUUCAGCUUGAUUAUACGGCAGCAGCUGGAUCCAUGCAGCGUGCUGUUAGUCUCACAGACAGUGAGGUUAUUCUUGCAGAGUUUGUACCUAGUUCUUUAGUGGUUACAACACUGGAUCGCUCAUCUGGAGCAACUUUGGACCACAAUACAGUAGCAGCACCAUGGUUACAAGAGAAGACCAAAUGUACCUCAGUUGAAAAGACUAUCGUAUGUGUAGAGCUGUCUCUUGGCCUUGUGUUUACACUGCCAUUAAUGUUGGACUCCCCAACUUUUGCCCCACAUCCCAUUGCAUCUCUGGACAUAGAUGUUCCUGCUGUUAAUGUUCCUGUGAUUGUGGAAAGGGUGAAUGGGUCUCCUGAUCAUGUGAUCAUUCAGGUUGGUGCCGCUAGGAAACUGGUGCAUGUUCAUAGCUCAGGACUCCAUGUAGUUCGAGAUCUUACUGGGAGCAGAGCUUCUGCAAUAGCUGACUCUGUUCUGUAUACAAUCACUCAGACUGGAAGGUUGGUAACCAUUGAAGCUAUGGAACUUGAAACAGGAAAUGAACUGGCAGAUCAAGGGGUUGAGGUGGAGUUGCCAUUCCAGUCUGGCACUGUCCUUUCUCUUGUAGUCCACCGAUUUGAGCGACGCAGUGGUGGCAUUGCCCUGCGGGCAUUUGUCUCAUGCUCUGAUCAUGCUCUCCACCUCAUCAGUAAUGCAGGAGUCAUGUGGUCUCGGGAAGAAGCCCUGUCCACAGUGCUUGCUGCUGAAGCUGUAGAUCUUCCAGCUGAUGGAAACAACAUCAAUUACCAUGAUCACUUGUCUCCUCAUGCAGGUCAGUUUUAA